CACAGCUUAAUAGAUAGAUCUCUGAGCGAGGGAAAAAAGAAAACCUUUCUCUUACAAACCCCAAUCAAUCAUCAUCGGUGGAACCAUGGGCGACAAAGGAGUGAGGGUCCAAUUUUUUUCCGGGAAAUUAACAGUCGCCUUCUGGAACCUAGAUGACUGCCCAGUCCCUAACAAUACCGAUGUUAAACCUAUUUAUGAUGAUAUAGAAUCUGCUCUUUAUCUGAUGGGCUUUGUUGGGGUGAAGGAAAUCGUUUUGCAUUGUGAGAAAGUCAAGUACGACUUUGCAGCCUUGUGGAGUUCCGGAAGGCUUGUAUACUUACCCAAAGAAUAUUCGGACGGAGAUCAUUGCAAUGUAGCCGUAAUCUCGAAGAAACCAAGUGAUGAGCUACUCAGGGUUCUCCGGUGUUUGAAAUCGAGGGGACACAAUGCUCUCCUCAUAGAGCCUCCGGAUGGAUUAUUUAGUCGUAGUUCUCUAUUUGAUAAUGCACAACUUUUAGGUGGAGGAAAGCCUAUACACAAAGCUCUUGUAACUUAUGAGGAUCAACUUGAGGCUAAGCUUGACUGCGGUCCUCAUUCCUUUCCUAAUGAGGAGGAGGUUUAUAGCAGUCGCUCCACGGAGAUGAUAGAUUUCUCCGGUAACACCAUCCCUUCCCUUGUUUUUCUUUUUCUUUUUCUUUUUAGGUUUCUAACAUCUCUUAUCUCAGAGCGUGCCAAACACGUCAUAGGGCAAAGGACAGUGGUCUUCUGGGACGCUGUGGAUUCUCCAUUCCCUCUUUGUUUCUCCUCCUCUCCUGAUGUUAUCUUUAAAAAGAUCUCAAAAACUCUUAUCAAAAAAGGGUUUAGCCGUAAGAUUUCAAUCUGGGCUUAUGUGGAUAAUGAUUCUGAGCUUCUGGCGCGUAACAAGACUUGGGGUUCCAGAAUCUACUUUCUUCCCGGAGGGAACUCGAGACGAAUCAGAAUGUUGAAUGACAUCAUGUUAUUGUCAAGGGACUCUCCUCCUCAUGAAGCAAGUUUGAUCCUCGUCUCUGGUCAAUUCAAGGGUGACCCCCUCUACAUGACCCUGCUUAGAGAUAUGGACUCGAUACAUUACUAUCUUGUCCUUGUGACUCCGCGUGAGCAACCAGACGAUCCUAAUGUCUGGCCAGGGCUGCUAUUGGAUCGAGCAUACCUUUUGCGAUCCUAAUGUCUGGCCAGGGUUGCUAACCUGACCAUGGCCUGAUACUGAUUAUGACUUCUUUCCUUGCUUCUCAAGUUCUGUUGUUGCACUGUCAAAAACAAAACAAUAGCAACAUUGAAAGUGGUGGAAAUGCUCAGACUCCAGAUGAUGCAUGAUCAUCGUUUUAACAUCUCUAUACCAAAAAAUUAUGUACAAUAGAGACAUAUGAUACUUUGUAUAUGGGUUAAUGAACCAAUGAAUAACAUCACAAAAUUUAAG